ACAGAGCCGUAAAGGCGCGUGGGAGCGAAGCAUGGCGCUGUACGCGACCGCGGCGUCUGUGCUGGCGGGCGUGGAAAGCCGACGGGGCUCCAUCAAGGGGCUGGUGUACGCCAGCAGCUUCCAGAACGUGAAGCAGCUGUACGCGCUCGUGUGCGAGACGCAGCGCUACGCCGCCGUGCUGGACGCCGUGAUCGCCAGCGCCGGCCUCCUCCGCGCCGAGAAGAAGCUGCGGCCGCACCUGGCCAAGGUGCUAGUGUAUGAGUUGUUGCUGGGGAAAGGCUUCAGAGGGGGCGGGGGCCGAUGGAAACCUUUGUUAGACCGGCACCAGGCAAGGCUGAAGGCUGAGUUGGCCCGGCUCAAGGUUCAGCGCCGUGUGAGCCGCAACGAGGACCUGUUGCAAGUGGGAUCCAGGCCUGGCACAGCCUCCCAGGUGCCUCGAUUUGUGCGGGUGAACACUCUCAAGACCAGCCUUGAUGAUGCGGUUGAUUACUUCAAGAGACAAGGUUUCUCCUAUCAGGGUCGGGCUUCCAGCCUCGAGGACGCGAGGGCCCUCCGAGGCAGGUGCUUUCUUCUGGAUCCCUUGUUGCCAGAGCUGCUGGUGUUUCCGGCCCAGACGGAUCUGCACGACCACCCACUGUACCGGGCCGGUCACCUCAUCCUACAGGACAAGGCCAGCUGCCUCCCCGCCGCGCUGCUGGCCCCGCCCCCGGGCGCCCACGUCAUCGACGCCUGUGCCGCCCCCGGCAACAAGACCAGUCACUUGGCUGCUCUCCUCAAGAACCAGGGGAAGAUCUUUGCCUUUGACCUGGAUGCCGGGCGCCUGGCAUCCAUGGCUACCCUGCUGGCCCGGGCUGGGGUCUCGUGCUGCGAGCUGGCGGAGGAAGACUUCCUGGCGGUCUCACCCUCUGACCAGCGCUACCGUCAGGUCCAGUACAUCUUACUGGAUCCUUCUUGUAGCGGCUCAGGAAUGCCAGCCAGACAGCUGGAGGAGCCCGGGGCAGGCACCCCGAGCAAGGCACGCCUGCAGGCCCUGGCUGGGUUCCAGCGGCGAGCACUGCGCCACGCGCUCACCUUCCCCUCCCUGCAGCGUCUGGUCUACUCCACGUGCUCCCUCUGCCAGGAGGAGAACGAAGAUGUGGUGCACGACGCCCUGCAGCAGAACCCAGGGACCUUCAGGCUAGCUCCCGUCCUACCCUCCUGGCCCCACCGAGGCCUCGGCACUUUCCCCGGGGCUGCACACUGCCUCCGGGCUUCCCCCGAGACCACGCUCACUGGUGGCUUCUUUGUUGCCGUUCUGGAAAGGGUAGAGGUGCCAAGCUCAGUCCCGCGGGCUGGAGCGGCGGCGCCCGAACCCACGCCCAGCGCAGCGCCGCGGAGGAAGGAGAGACGGCGCCCGGCCGUGGCUCCUGGCGCGCAGAGAGGAAAGCGGUAACCCCGAAUCCCUGGCGGGGGGGGAAGAGAGUGGAUUUCCUCCUUCUGUGGGUCCCUUUCCCGGGCCGUGUUCCUGCUGAGAGGUCUGCCCACAGAAAUAAAAGGCGAGCCACGGAAUAC